AUGGCUGAUAGACUACUAGCUGCGCGCGGCGCUGGCCAGGUUGGCGUCCACUGGCCGCGCAACUUUAGCUGGUUUGAGCUUAUAGAGCAGACAAAGGCCAAGUACGGUAUCUGUAACGAGGACGUCUACAACUUCGACGAAGCCGGCUUUUCAAUAGGCAAGAUCACGACUCAGCUUAUCGUUACAGCGUCAGAAAGGCGAGGCCGGCCAAAGGCAGUUGAGCCAGGCAAUCGUGAGUGGGUAACAUUUAUCGCUGGGAUCAACGCGGCUGGCUGGGCUAUCCCACCGUUUCUCAUCUUUACUGGCAAGCACCACCUAUCUGCCUGGUACGAGGAGGCAGAGAUCCCGCGCGACUGGGCGAUCGCAGUUAGCGACAAUGGCUGGACGAAUAACGAGCUAGGUGUCGCAUGGAUAAAGCACUUCGAUACCCACACGAAGACUCGCGUUGUUGGCACACGUCGCCUACUUAUCCUUGACGGUCAUGAGAGCCACCAGUCUCUCGAGUUUCAAGAGUUCUGCAAGGAUAAUAAUAUAUAUACGCUCUGCAUGCCGCCUCACUCAUCUCAUCUACUCCAGCCUCUUGAUAUUGGCUGCUUCUCGCCACUGAAGCGCGCGUACAGCCGCGAGGUGGAGAGCCUAAUCCGCCAUCACAUCAACCACAUCACCAAGCUCGAGUUUCUACCAACGUUUAAGACAGCGUUUGAUCGAUCCUUCACGCCAGCCAAUAUCUGCUCAGCUUUU